AUGAAUCAAUGCAAGAUAAAUUAUGACAUUGAUCAAGUAAAAAUGACGGACGUGGAAGACGAAAAUAUUCUGACAUCUAUAUUCAAGGAAUCCUUCCCAGAUUCCUGGACAGAAAGUCCUGAUUUCAUCCAUUAUUUAUCAGAACUAAGUUCUUAUGGAGUCAGCAAGUUAUCCAUGGAACCUGACAGACUGUCAGAUGAAAAGUCACAGAUUCUACAAGAAACUCAGAACUUAGCUUUUACACAUUACAAGACAUUUAUUCAAACUGCCGAAUGUUCGAGAGAAAUAUUUGAGGAUUUCCAGAUCAUAGAGAAACAUGUGGACAAUUUACUACAGAACUUACCAAGCUUGUCAGAGGAAUGUGAAGUGGUUACUAAACAAGCACAGGAAAUUAAUUCAAGUCGUAGGAUGAAUAAUUUGACGCUACAGAGACACACCCAGUUAUUAGAGGUACUGGAAAUCCCUCAACUUAUGGAUACUUGUGUCAGGAAUGGCUACUUUGAAGAGGCUCUGGAACUUGCAGCUCACGUCAAGAGACUGGAAAAGAAACAUUCCUCAAUAUCUGUGAUAAAUAAUAUAGUGAAUGAAGUAAAGAACUCUACACAACUGAUGUUGAACCACCUGAUACAGCAGUUAAGGACCAAUGUACAACUACCAGCUUGUCUACGUGUUAUAGGAUAUCUUAGACGUAUGGAUGUAUUUACAGAGGCAGAACUCAGGAUCAAAUUCUUACAGGCAAGAGAUUCAUGGUUCCAGGGAAUUCUUGGUGCACUACCUAAAGAUGAUCCCUAUACACAUAUCACAAAGACAAUAGAAGCUAGUAGAGUACACCUUUUUGAUAUAAUAACACAGUACAGAGCUAUAUUCUCCGAUGAGGAUCCGUUACUAAGUACAGCUAAAGAGGAAUCUAUCAAUGAAGCUGCUUUGUUUCAUGGAUGGGUUGUCCAGAAGGUUUCUCAGUUUUUAUCAACAUUAGAAUCAGAUUUACAGAGAGGAGUAGGUGGACGUUUAGAUUCUAUCCUUGGGCAGUGUAUGUACUUUGGACUGUCUUUCAGUAGAGUUGGUGCUGACUUCAGAGGACUAUUGGCACCUAUCUUCCAGAGGGCAGCACUAAAUACAUUUACAUUGGCCUUGACUGAGGCAAUUAAAAAAUUUGAGGAAAAUAUGCAGUCUUAUAAUCUUUUGAAUGUGACUUCAACCAGUGGUAGUUCUUAUGUUUCAGCCAGUCAGGCAGGACAAAUGUACCCUCCUAAUGUACUGUUGGACUUCUAUCCCCUGGCUGCCUACUGUAACCAUAUACUGACAGCAUUUAAUGAGUUACGACUCUGUGCUCCUAUAUCCAUGGCUUGUGAAGUAUCUCAGGCUUUAGAAUCAUCACUACAGCAAAUCAACAGAAUUAUACUGGCAUUCCACAGAGCUGAAGAAACCACAUUUGACAAAAAAGAGAAGGAUAAUUUUGAUAAUUUUUGUACAGUUUAUAUAACAGACUUGGUACCAUACAUAAAUAAAUGUCUACAGACACUGUUUCCUCCACAACACUUGGCACAGAUACUGGGAGUGUCUAUCUUAGAAUUUAAUAAAAUGGGAAAUUUGGGUAUUGUUGAUAUAACAAAAGUUUUGACUCCAAUAGAGCACCUUAUACCAAAACUAGAACCAAUAGAUAACAGUCUAGAUGUUCAACAAACUGACAGUGUACCAGUUGAUACAAAAAACACAACAAACAUCACACAUACUGAUCAAUCAGAUAAUGUUACAUCAACUAACAUAGAUAUCCAAUCAAAACCUUUGUUACAUAGUGAAACUCCUGACAAAGUGACCUUCACAACAGGAGGUGAAUCAACAGAUGAGGAACUAGAAGAUACAGUAAAUCCUUCAACAGAUACACCUACAGAUGAAUCAUCAGAAAACACAGAUAGUAAAAUAUCUGAUAAUUUGGAUGUUAAACUUGAUUUGAAAAAAGACUAAACAUCCUGGUAUUUCUUUUUAUGAGUUUUAUGUCUUAAGGAUUUCUAUGAGGGGAAAAAAACGCCUUUUCAAUUGUCAUGCAAAACACAACAAAAUCAAUUGAAAACUGUGGGGGGGAGGGUGGUUAAAUAUUAACCAUAUACAAAAAAAAUGUUUGUAUUCUGCUGCCUUUGAGGCUGCAUCUUUUGAUUCAAACACUAAAUAUUUUUUGCAUUAUUCAGAUUAGCACAGUUAUGGCCAAUAUCUGAUCUUUCAUUUUGUAAAAAAUACAUAUUGGCUGACUCUUAACUUUUAUCUUUCUGAAAGUAGAAAACACACACCAACACUUAUUGUUUGGCCUUGCAGAAUUGACAUAUCAGAUUGUAUUAGAAAAGACUAUUGACUGUGUUGUUAGUUUCAGAAGUAACGUUUUUCCCAUGGUUUGAGUUACGUAUUGAGUAAAUCCUUUAAUGGGUUUAUUUAUAGGAAGUGGGUGAAAACAUUUUCCUGUCUCAUAAUAAGCUUUUCUUUUUAUGGAAAUAUAUUUAUUUAAACAAAGGAAAUAAUAAGAAGCCACUUUUAUUCAAUUUAGUUAUAUUGCUGUAUGUAUUGAUAUAUUUAUUUAAGUUUAACAGAAUAAAAUGCACAUAAUAUU